AUGGCACUGCAAUAUUCGCAGAAUGGACGCGGAACAAUGAUGAUCAGCUCUCACGAGAUCAUCGUCGUGCUUGCGAAGCCUGCUUCUGGCGACGACGAGACUAUCUUGAUUACACAGCCUGCAACCGAUAAUGACAUAGCCGCUGCUCCUUUAUCGCCCCGUCAGCACUUGCGCCCUAUGACUUCGCAGUCUCCUGUCUCAGACCAACCUUCACUAGAGACAGACCUACCUUGGGACGCCCUCUUUACCCCUGGUCAGUUCCUGUUUCCGUUCUCGCCAGUGCCUUCGCUUGGAGCUGGGACAACAACACACUUCUGCUUCGGAGACAACGAUUUGGCUGCCGCCGGUGAAUCUCCGGUUGACCAGAGCGUGCAAAACAGCUUUGGUGCAAGAGCAACAGCGACGGUAGGCGUGGAGGCUGUUGAUGCCUUUGCUGGAUCGGAAUAUCUCACAGCGGAAGAAGGAGAAGAAGAAGAAGACAUACUGAUCGCUGAGCACAUUCCUCAUGUACCUCCUAUGACAGCGGAAACGCGAGCAUACAUGAUCCAAGCCAUCAAAGCCAGACUGCCAGAGCAAGAAGCCCAAGGGCUUGACGCCAAUUUCCCAUCUUUGCGACACCUUGAUACAUACAUGCAGUUGUAUUUUGAACAUUUCCAUCCGCGGAUGCCUUUCUUACACGUCCCGACAUUUCAGGCGUCGCCUGAGACGUGGCAGCUGGUGCUCAGUGUGGUGUGUCUCGGCAGUCGGUACUCCUCAGCGCACCGCAAGCAAGAUCAUGUUCUACUGCUACAGCGACUUGCCCAGCACAUGCAGGAAAGAGAUAUUCGAGAGCUAUCCGACAUUGAAGACUUGACCUUUGCGCAGUCCCUUUUAUUAUUCCAGCAAAACCUGUGGCUCUCGGGCGAGGUGAACACGGUCAUCAAGCUGCAGUUUUACCGGAACAUCUUGGUCACCCUCUGUCGCCAAUUGCUGUCUCGAGAGGGAACUUUGAUGUACACGCAUACAUCCGGUGAAGAUGUGAAUCACGGAUGGUCGCAGUGGAUACGAGCCGAAGCUAAACGUCGGAUCAUCUACUUCACUUGGAUGUCCGAAUGUCUUCAGGCGACAUUCUUCAUGCUUCCUCCUCUGCUCUCCAUUGCCGAGCUGCAAAUUCCGGUACCCGCAGCUGAUUCACAUUGGUCAUCCAACUACGAGCAGUGGCACCUUUUACCGCCACCGCAGCCUUCAUCACCUCUUUGUGCUCUACUUGCACGCGUUGGUCUCGGCGACGUGGCACCGGCGAGGCUGGAGCAACCGGCUAAAUCUAUAAUUCUACUUUCGGCCUUUGUCCAGCAAGCCGCCGAAAGCGAUUUGCUACGAGCUAUGAGACUUGGCUUUGUGGGCGACACUGCUGGUCAACCGGCUUCUCCAGCUCUAGGCAUGGUGACAAUGCUCUCUCAGAAAGCCUUUGAUGCCUUGUCGCAGGCAGGAUGCUCUCAGCCGUUGCGCGAAACGGACGCUGGCACCACCUCGAAUGACUUCGCCUUGCUUGCUCGAGUCCUCGCCAUUUUCUCAUUUACACCCUCGCGGCUCCUCUUUCCCUUUAGCAAAUGGCAGACGACAGAGGUAGGUCAUAGCAUCGCCCGGUCCGAACUGCUCGAUAUAGUAUGGCACAAUGUCGGCAGAGCAAGGCACUGCUUAUACUACGCAGCGCAGGUUCUCCAAUACUUCCGCACCAACAGAGUUGCGACAUACCUCGACAUUCUUAGCGUCUUGGUCUGUGUGCUCUACAUGGUGCUGUACGUGGAUAUUGUUGAGCAGCAAGAUCCCAAUUCCGCUGGCAGUGGGGCCAGCGUGAGAACGUCCAGCACGGAGAUUAUCCGACUCGACCAAUUCGUUGAUGCGGAUCUUUUGAGCGGCUGGUUGGAAGCCAGAAAUCAUGAAAGACCUCAUAUUACGGGGGUCGGUCUCUUACACAGCGGCCGCAGCGCGCCUCGUUUAUACAAAGACGCGUCACGGAUCAUAGCAAGCGGGUCCUCGGAUUCGAGGAUGGCCAAGGAUAUUUCUACUCUUCUCGGGUCGCAAGCCAAAGGUUAUCCUCCCGACCUUCGAGAUCAUCGACAGGCGACUCCACAUUGUGAGCACGCACAGAGCACGGUAUGA